GUUUUUAAAUAUCUUACACGUUACUUUAAUGCCAUAUUGCUUUUAUCCAUCAUCUGAUUGGUCCGCACAGAUGAACUGAACUUCGCCGAAAAGUUUGUAUACUAAGCAUAGCCGGCCGCCUUACGGUGGCCGGAGAGUAAAGGAUAUUUCAAAGUGAUCCCUAACUUAACCCAAUAUUCACUAUUCAAUAUUCCUAAAGUUAAAACUGGCAUCAUUAAACUCUAUUCGAUAAGUACUUUCAGUAAAUAUAGGACUCGACCAAAAAAAUUGGAUAACCCAGUGAAAAAUAAUAAAUAUAUAUACCUUUUAAAAGUGUUUGAAAAUAGUGGUAACAUAACCUUAUCACAUUAUGACGAUUGGUAAAAAUAAUAAGAUGCUGCAGCAUAUCAAUUACAGAGUCAGAAUUAUUUUGCAAGACUCAAGGACAUUCAUAGGCACAUUUAAAGCCUUCGAUAAACAUAUGAACCUUAUACUUGGUGAUUGUGAAGAGUUUCGUAAGAUUAAACCAAAAAAUACAAAGCAACCUGAGAGAGAAGAUAAACGGGUAUUGGGCUUCGUACUCUUAAGAGGAGAAAACAUUGUUUCUCUGACUGUGGAAGGUCCUCCACCUCCAGAAGAAGGAUUACCCAGAGUACCAAUUCCUGGGGCAGCACCUGGACCUGGAAUGGGUCGUGCUGCGGGACGUGGCAUGCCUGCUAAUGUUGCUGGAGUACCUGCUGGUUUACAAGGUCCUGUUAGAGGUGUCGGAGGUCCUUCACAACAAAUAAUGACACCAGGAGGUAGAGGUCAAGUUUCUGCUCCACCGCAGAUGCAUCCAGGUGGUCCUCCACGUAUGCCAGUUGGAGGUCCUCCACCUGGAAUGAUGGGUCCACCACCAGGCAUGAUGGGAAUGCCACCAGGAAUGCCACCCAUGGGACGUGGAGGUCCACCAAUGGGACCACCAGGAAUGAGAGGUCCACCUCCAGGUAUGAUGCGUGGUGGACCACCCCCUCGUCCAUAUUAGUACUUUUUAACAUAAUACAAUAUUGUAACUGGUGAUAAUAAAGGUCUCUUUUAUAAUGUUAAUAUCUUUUCCAUUCAUGUAACUUUGAUUACCAGUUAUAAAGAACUUAUGUAAGAUAAAGAUAAGUAUUUUGUAUAAAUCUGAAUAUAUACUUCCCAGAUAUUUUAAUAGAAAAAAAAGAACGACGUUUAGUAAAAAAAUGUGUAAUUGUAAAAUUGAAGUAUAUGUACUCAAAAAUUAAUUGAAAAAAAAAGAAAAAAUUAUAUAAGAAAUAUUAAAAUAGUGAUACAAGCAUACAUGUAACAGACAAUAAAAUGAGAGACGAAUA